AUAACUGCUAUCAUUUUAUCUUUCUUGGUGUCUAAUGAUAACAACUAAGGUAUCUAAAUAUUAGUGUCUAAGAUUAUUUCAAUGCAUUCAUAAAAUCUAAUGUGUUAACAAAUUUUAUACAUAAUGGAUGUACAAGAGCUCGGAUCAGGGCCGUUUACAAACCGAUCUCUACACGAUGUGUUUGGAAACGUGUCAACGCAGAGUGACAUGGCAUUUGACCUCAACGUUACAAACUCGACGCCAAAGACGGGUCCGGGGCCAAACACUCUAAAAACCGUUUCAGACGUUGUUUUAACAACGACGCUUGUUAUCAUCAUGCUCGGGAUGGGAUGUACCAUAGAGCUGGGCAAGCUACUAAAAUACAUGCGGAGACCAGUAGCCCCUGCGAUAGGCAUGCUUGCGCAGUUCGUCGUUCUUCCGUUGGUCACAUUUGGGUUUGCGCAUGCGCUGCAGCUUACGGAAGAGGCGGCUAUCGGCAUGCUUGUGAUGGGCACGUGCCCUGGGGGCGCCACCUCUAACAUGUUUUCAUACUGGGCGGACGGAGACGUUCCUUUAAGCCUCACUAUGACGACGCUUGCCACCAUGCUGGCGCUGGGCAUGAUGCCUCUGAACGUGUGGAUCUACAGCCGCUCCUGGACCAGCGAGCGUCUCGUCAUUCCAUACGUUAACAUCGUCAUUUCUCUCGCAAGCACCGUCGCACCGGCGGCUGUGGGCAUCUUCAUCCGCUGGAGGUGGGAGAAGCUCGCCAUAAAAAUGGUUCAGGUGGGGAGCAUAUGCGGAGCCCUAGCGGUGGUUCUGACCAUGACCCUGAUGAGCCUCCUCUACCCGUUCAUGUACCGGUCCUCCUGGAAGAUCUACGUCGGGGCCUUCUGGUUGCCAUUUUUAGGCUUCGCAUUCGGCUACGUGGUGGCCAAGAUAUUCCGAAUGAACGCUUCUCAUGCGCGAACGGUCGCCUUGGAGACGGGCAUUCAAAACUUUCCGCUGUGCAUGACGUUGAUCAGUUUGUCAUUUCCAAAGCAUAUCAUUCCGAAGAUAGCGUUGUUUCCACUCCUCUAUGGCGUGUUUGUUCUUACGAACAGCUGUCUAUUUGUGUUAGGGUAUCAUAUACUGAAGAGGCUGAAAGUAUGUUCUUCGGACUCAAAUGAAAGUACUUUCGCCGCUGUCUCUCAGAUUGAAACGGAUGAAAUGUUGUCAAUGGAAAUAAAAGCUGUUAAAGCAUCACCAACUAAAGCAUAACAUACAACUCAAAGAAAUACACAUGAGCCGCCCUUUUGGAAACCGCUCUUAUUGCGCAGGCUAAUCUGGGACGACACGUUCCGCAAAGACCUGAUUUUUGUGUUAAGAAAAGGCUUCUUUUAAACGCAAAAUGCCAUCAAAGAGGAACGGUAAGUCCCUGAUUAGCCUUUGCAGACUGCAAAAGCUUAUCUGGAAAGAUACUUUACGCACAUUUUUAAGCCCGGUUUUUCAAGAGACCGACUCAUUGUCGUCGCUCUGGAGAGCGUCGACUAGUAUGUAAUUCCUUUUUUUCGCUUAUGAGAGAAGAUAUUUUACGGAUCAAUGUAUAUAUUUGUGUUUUAAGAAUAUCUUGCAUAAUGGUGAUUUUUUGUGUAAAUUAGUGAAAAUAAGUACUGCAUUUGUGCCUAUUACAUUUAUUACAACAUUUAUUGCCAAUAAUGCAAAGCUAAUUGUUUUAAUUAAUAACUGAUCCACAACUGAUCACAGGGGAAAUAUCACAGGGACUGGGAAAAUACGCGAAACUUUCUGGUUUUGUAUAAAAACAAAACAUAAUCAAAACAUAUUUAUUUUUUGGUUAUUCUAAUUUGCUUAUUUAGUGGAGAAUCAAUGUAGUACGAUAUUUGACGACCUAUCGCGCAAGCAAGUUUAUUGGAAGGCGUAGUGGUACAAAAACGUACAAUGUAUUAGCUUAUUAAUAGACAUAUAAUAACGAUCGCUAUACACAACUUCACCAAAUAGCAGUACAUAAAUGAUGUCAGCCGGAAAAGCUCAGUUGGGAGAGCGUUAGACUGAAGUUGUUUACGCAACAAUCAUCUUAAGGCCCCCGGUUCAAUCCCGGGUUCCGGCACGAACGGAACAGUUCGGCGGCUGACAGUUUUUUUCAGUCAGGUUAAUAAAUAUAAUAAAGCUUUAUUUUAUGUAGACAUUUUAAAAUCCAUUUUACUACAAUUGAACAUUUUUAUUAAAAUUAAUGGAUGCCGCGUGGUGACAACGUUAAUUAAAAUUUCUUACAUCACUUUAUUAUCUUAUAAAAAAUACACGUGUUUUUAUAUUAACAAAUAAAUGCAAACAACACAUCUAUUAUCCAUGUAUUUUUAUGGUUGUCUAUCAUAGGCCCUAAGUACUAUCCCUACCACAUAUAGAGCGCGAAGCGCGACACGUAUUAUUGAUUGUAACAAUGAGUUGCGAUAAAGGAAGCAGCUGCUUAUCAAGGAUGAGCUGUGUCCCAGCAACCCGUUACCCUAGAGUCAAGCACUCCUCGAAGUUUUUUUUUAAGAACCACAUAUAGAGCGCGAAGCGCGACACGUAUUACUAUCCAGGAGGUAUGGGCCCUUUAGCAUUAUCCGACCAUUACGUCCAUGGCUUUCUUCCUUAUAAUUUGAGAAAUUUUAAAUCGUUGUUCGUGGUCUAAAAUCUUCAUCCGAUUGUCCCCAAACUUGCACAUGUUUUUUUAUCAAUGAGGACCCAACCCAUACUCUAUAUGAGCAAUAUCGGACCAUAAGUCCAGAAUUAUGUCUCUUUGAAUUUAGAAAUAAAAGUGAAAAACUGCUUGGUUAGGUGAUUAUGUCAACAUUUUUCGUCAGAUUCUUUCCAAACUUACAGUGUCUUCAUAUCAAUGGGCAUUUUUACCUCGUUUAAAAUGAGAAACAUCGGGACAAUAAGUCCAGAUUUUUUCUAUUAAAUUUGACAAAAUAAACAAUUUCCACUUGUUUUGUCUGAAUCGUUCCAAACUUGUUAAGUGUUUUUAUAUCAGUCUUACGGUACUCGAACCCUAUUGAAAAUGAUGAAUAUCGGAGCAAUAAAUCUAUUAUGAUCUUUUACUGAAUUUCAAAGUAUUGUGAAAUGCAGCUUCUUUAUGCAAUUUACAGUUUUAAUUCUUCUAUUUUUCAAACUUUUACAGUGUUUUCAUAUCAAUGAGUACUCAACCACUAUCGUAAAUGAGCAACGUAAGAAUAAGUUCAGAAUCAUCUCCCCUUAAAAUUGAGAAAAAUAUGAAAUUACGCUUUAAUACAAGAUGAAGCAGAUUUUUUAAAACCUACACAGUUCUGUUCCAUUAAUGAAAACUGCACACGGAUGCCAGUAAAAAGGAAACCAAUGUUAAUAAAAUGAACUAUGAAAUAUUUGGGGGUUACAAGUUACAACAUAAAAUCGUAGAUAAUGGUUAUUUAGGAGCUAUAACACAACAUCAUAAAUAAUGGUUAUUUGGGGGUUACAACACAAAAUUAUAGAUAAUGGUUAUACCUGUAUCUUUUUCUAUUUUGUGUAAAAUAAUCGGCCAAUAUAUUAAUAUUUACAGUAGAAAAAAAUUCGUUCCAUGUAACUUCAUUGAGUGCCUUUUACACUGAAAUUCCCGACGCCCUUUGAUGCUUUGCAUCAAUACUUAUCUUGUAUGUAUCUAAAACUAGUAUGUAUCAAAAUUAUAAUGAAAGAGAAUCUCCAAACCAAUUGAUACAAUACAUAUUUAGGAAAUUAUGUACAAUGUUUUUGUUUACAUCAGAUAGAAUUAAUGAAUUAUAAUUAAAACUAUGGCAUGCGCCUUUACAAUAUUUGUUUCUUCGAUAUAUGUUAAUAAGGUAAAGUAGAGUUUUAAAAAUUGUUUGUAUGUACUUUAACAAUGAAUACAAACAAAUGCGUAAAAUG